AUACAUCUUAGUAACUAAUUAGUUAUUUUUAAAUUAUAUUAUGGUAGAUUAUAACUUAAAAUACUUUAAGGUGAUUGUUGAUCUCAAAAAUUGAUCAACCGACGACGAGGUCGUAUAGAUCUGAUGUUUGCCACAUGUAGAAGUAGUAUUGCUUCAUCAAAAACUUCAAUUGAUAAAUCAUUGUUAUCUCCCAACAAAGAGAAGAAGAUGGUCAACAACAACAAGAAGGAUGAGCUUAGAAAAGUAUGUGCCACCUUUGAUAAGAACAGUAAUGGGUUCAUAACAAAGCAAGAGCUGACAGAAUCUCUGAGGAACAUAAGAAUCUUCAUGACAGAAAAAGAGGUAGAAGAAAUGUUGUUAAAAUUGGAUGCUAAAGGAGAUGAUUUGAUUGACUUUGAAGAGUUUGGUUUGCUUUGUGAGUCCAUGACUGGUGGUGGUGGUGAGCAAGGGAAAGAUGAAGUGAAUGGGAAUGAAAGCUUGUUUGAAAAUGAAGAGGAUUUGAAGGAGGCUUUUGAUGUGUUUGAUAGAGAUAAAGAUGGGAGGAUUUCUGUUGAGGAGUUAGGUUCUAUUUUGUCUUCUUUGCUAUCUAUUCCCUAAUUGAUUCAUAAAGUA